GUGCGUCCUCUUCGGCAGCCCGGGAGGCUCGGGACGAGUGUCCCCGCUCCCCCCGGGCCGCGGCUGAGAGGCCCGAGAGACAUCACAGCCCACAGUCCGCAUCCCUCUGACAACGUGUGCGCACGCUGUCGGACGCCUCUUCUGUCCGUCGUGGCGCAGAGCCGACACAAGCCCUUGCAGGGGAAGCUGGGCCGGAGACCACCCUUCUCUGUCGGGGCGGGGCCAAGGACGGGACCCACGCCCUCACGCCCAUACGUCACGCCGCCGCGGGGCCUUCUGGGAGUUGUGGUUGGGGCCCGCCCCUUGACCCCGGACCCAGCGGGCUGCGGACUACAGUUCCCGGCAGGCCCCGCGGCGGCCCCAGAGCCCGGAGCGCUAGGGGCUUCGGGCGGUCUCGGCUGGUGGGCUCGGGCGCAGCGCGGCGUGCCGCUGCAGGGCUGUCUGGGUGGCAGGCGCUGAGCAGGCGAGGUCCGCGGACCGGCCGCCGUACUUACCGAGGCCUCAGCCAACCGGCUGACAGACUCGGCGCUCCUCCGGCCCCCAGAGCUGCGGCGCCGAGCAGGCGGGACGCAAACUUCCGGGUCGGAUGGCCCAGGGCUUGCGCUGAAGCUCGAGCCUCAGGCAUCAGGGUCGCAGCCCACCAGUCUCAAGGCGAGCGAGGAGGCGACUGGCUAGCCAGACAGAACCAAUUGAGGAAAUAAGCAAAGGUGCCAGACAGGCUCCUGUUGGGCACCAGCUGGACUGGGCAUGAGGCCACGUAAGAAGGGCAGCCCUGGCGAACCCUGGCGAACCCGGUCCUUCCUGGUGGGUCCCCUCCUCUCGCCAUGUCACGCCAGCCUGUUGCUUCAGGUGCAACAAGUUAUCUGACUGUCAUGCUCCCGCAGAGAUCGGCCCUGUGCAGUGGUUGGGUUGGGACACCCAGUCUGCGGGGUGCCUGAGGGCUUCCCUCUGGGUGGCCAAGAUUGCAGUGACGACCACCUUUUACUUCCUUUGGGUCUUCUACCACCAGGUGUGUUCAUGCGGGGCCAGACUGGGUCUUGGGGUUUCACCGGCCCCGAAUGGGCCAGAUUCCCCAGGCACCCAGGAUGUCCCCGUCCGCCGUAGCCAGAGCUGCUGUGCCCUGCGAUGUGCCAGGUUUGCCAGUUGAUUGUGCCACACAUGGUGUCAAUUUAAACAGCGUUUUGAGUUCAGCUGGAGGUACAGGGGAGGGAGUGGCCGCCUCUUGUCACAAGCAGUGUCAGGCCCAUGUAACUUUAUUUUCAGUGAAGGCAAUUUGCCAACUUCUUAGCUAAACGUGGUUUAAUCUUUGCAGCUUUUUGAAGUUUUUCUGAUAAAAUAUUCACAAAUAGGGGCAAUCACCUUGUUUCUAUACUGUUCCAACAUGUACUUUAGAAAUAGUUCUGCCUUCCAAGAGCUGGAUGUUUCUUGUGAAAAGAGAAACUAGUAAGCCAACAGAACAGCCUAGAUGUCCAUUUGUUUGGUUGAGACAGUAAAUGCUGAAAGUGUAAAAUUAUCUUGUAAAAACCAUUUUUUCCCCAGACUCGCUGGCCGGUUACCUGUUUGCUUUGCUGUGUUCUGUGUCGGCAAUGGCUGCUGGUUUCCAACAGGAGAGCUUGAUGGCUGAGCAAAUUUGUGCCCCACAGAACAACAGCUAAGUGUCCGGGACACUGACGGGAGGUUGCUGUGUGCUCUGAGCCCUCUUGGAACCGGUGCAAACCUGUGCUGCCUUCUUGAUGUGGCCUGAGGGUGCCCUCUGCCUGCAGGUCCUGGCCGCCAUGGAACCAGACCCCCAGGCCGGCGUGCAGGUGGGCAUGCGUGUGGUGCGUGGCGUGGACUGGAAGUGGGGCCAGCAGGACGGCGGCGAGGGCGGUGUGGGCACGGUGGUGGAGCUCGGCCGCCACGGAAGCCCUUCCACCCCGGAUCGCACGGUGGUCGUGCAGUGGGACCACGGGACCCGCACCAACUACCGCGCAGGCUACCAGGGCGCGCACGACCUGCUGCUCUAUGACAACGCCCAGAUCGGCGUCCGCCACCCCAACAUCAUCUGUGACUGCUGCAAGAAGCACGGGCUGCGGGGCAUGCGCUGGAAGUGCCGCGUCUGCUUCGACUACGACCUGUGCACGCAGUGCUACAUGCACAACAAGCACGACCUGGCCCACGCCUUCGAGCGCUACGAGACGGCGCACUCGCGCCCGGUCACACUGAGUCCCCGCCAGGGCCUCCCAAGGAUCCCAUUAAGGGGCAUCUUCCAGGGGGCGAAGGUGGUUCGGGGCCCCGACUGGGAAUGGGGUUCCCAGGACGGAGGGGAAGGGAAGUCAGGACGAGUGGUGGACAUCCGUGGCUGGGAUGUUGAGACGGGCCGGAGCGUGGCCAGCGUGACGUGGGCCGACGGCACCACCAAUGUGUACCGCGUGGGCCACAAGGGCAAGGUGGACCUCAAGUGUGUGGGCAAGCCCGCAGAGCUGCAGCGCCGGGUGAGUGCUGACGGCCAGCCCUUCCAGCCUGGGGACAAGGUUAAGUGUCUGCUGGACACAGACAUUCUGAGGGACAUGCAGGAAGGCCACGGCGGCUGGAACCCCAGGAUGGCAGAGUUUAUCGGACAGACGGGCACCGUGCACCGCAUCACGGACCGCGGGGACGUGCGUGUGCAGUUCCGCCACAAGACCCGCUGGACCUUCCACCCUGGGGCUCUCACCAAGCACAACUCCUUCUGGGUGGGCGACGUGGUGCGGGUCAUUGACCUUGACACAGUGAAGCGGCUGCAGGCCGGGCAUGGCGAGUGGACAGAUGAUAUGGCCCCAGCUCUGGGCCGCAUCGGGAAGGUGGUGAAGGUUUUCGGAGACGGAAACCUGCGUGUGGCAGUCAGCGGUCAGCUGUGGACCUUCAGCCCCUGCUGUCUGGUGGCCUACCGGCCCGAGGAGGAUGCCAACCUAGAUGUGGCUGAGCGCGCCAGGGAGAACAAAAGCUCCCUGAGCCUCGUUCUGGACAAGCUUCGAGCCCAGAAGAGUGACCUGGAGCACCCAGGGAGGCUGGUGGUGGAGGUGGCCCUGGGCAAUGUGGCCCGGGCUCUGGACCUGCUGCGGAGGCACCCAGAGCAGGUGGACACCAAGAACCAGGGCAGGACUGCCCUGCAGGUGGCGGCCUACCUCGGCCAGGUAGAGCUGGUACGACUGCUGCUGCAGGCGCGGGCAGGCGUGGACCUGGCAGAUGAUGAAGGCAACACGGCACUGCACUAUGCAGCCCUGGGGAACCAGCCAGAGGCCACUCUGGUGCUCCUGAGCUCAGGUUGCGGGGCUAACGCCCUUAAUGGCACCCGGAGCUCAGCACUGCACGUGGCCGUGCAGAGGGGCUUCCUGGAGGUGGUGAGGGUCCUGUGUGAGCGUGGCUGUGACGUCAACUUGCCUGAUGCUCACGCCAACACUCCCCUGCACUGCGCCAUCUCGGCGGGCAGUGCCGCCAGUGGCAUCGUGGAGGUCCUCACUGAGGUGCCAGGCAUUGACAUCACUGCCACUAACAGCCAAGGCUUCACUCUCUUGCACCACGCGUCCCUCAAAGGCCACACGCUAGCUGUCAAGAAGAUCCUGGCACGGGCCCGGCAGCUGGUGGAUGCCCAGAAAGAGGACGGAUUCACGGCACUGCACCUGGCUGCCCUCAACAACCACUGGGAGGUGGCCCAGGUUCUCAUCAGAGAGGGCCGCUGUGAUGUGAAUGUUCGCAACCGGAAGCUCCAGUCCCCACUGCACCUGGCCGUGCAGCAGGCCCAUGUAGGGCUGGUGCCGCUGCUGGUGGACGCGGGCUGCAGUGUCAAUGCCGAAGAUGAGGAGGGGGAUACGGCGCUGCACGUGGCACUGCAGCGUCAUCAGCUGCUGCCCCUGGUGGCUGAUGGGGCCGGGGGGGACCCGGGGCCCUUGCAGCUGCUGUCCAGGCUGCAGGCCUCAGGCCUUCCUGGCAACGUGGAGCUGACGGCAGGUGCGGCAGUCGCCUGCUUCCUGGCGCUGGAAGGCGCUGACUUGAGCUACGCUAACCACCGCGGCCGGAGCCCGCUGGACUUGGCCACCGAGGGUCGGGUGCUCAAAGCCCUGCAGGGAUGUGCCCAGCGCUUCCGUGAGCGGCAGGCAGGCGGCGGCGGGGUUGCGGCCCAGGGCCCAAGGCUGGUGAUCAGCGCCCCCAACACCGUGACCAACCUGCACGUGCCGGCGCCGUCGGGCCCCGAGGCCGCCGAGUGCUUGGUGUGCUCGGAGCUGGCACUGCUGGUGCUGUUCUCGCCGUGCCAGCACCGCACGGUGUGCGAGGAGUGCUCGCGGAGGAUGAAGAAGUGCAUCAGGUGCCAGGUGGUCAUCAUCAAGAAGCUGCGUCCAGAUGGCACGGAGGUGGUCAGCGCGGCCCCCGCACCCGGCCCGCCGAGGCAGCUGGUGGAGGAGCUGCAGAGCCGCUACCGGCAGAUGGAGGAGCGCAUCACCUGCCCCAUCUGUAUCGACAGCCACAUCCGCCUCGUGUUCCAGUGCGGCCACGGCGCGUGCGCGCCCUGCGGCGCUGCGCUUAGCGCCUGCCCCAUUUGCCGCCAGCCCAUCCGCGACCGCAUCCAGAUCUUCGUGUAGCCCCCGCCCCCGCCGGGUCCGCCUCGUCCCGGGGCCACGCCCUGCGGCCGCCUUUGCACACCCCUAUCCAGUGUUUUAUAAAAAGAUCCACUGAC